CGCCGUGCAGCCACUGCCUCGCACGUGUUGUUGACGUUCUCUUUUCGUUGCGUGCGUUUUGCUGCUACAUAAAAUGGCCAAAACAAAAGGGAAAAAGUCGGAAAAGUCGGGCAAGAAGGCCAACAAGGAGAAGGUGAAACCCACCACCUCGUCGCAAGCCGACAAAGCCUCCAAAGUCGUCACCGCCGGCAACAACACUCCAGAGGAGAACGGAAUCUGGCGGGAUGCCCGCUUUCAGCAUUUGCUGGCCGAUCCCCGGUUCCGGGGUGUGCCCAAGGUGCAGCGCAAGGUGAAGAUCGACAAGCGGUUCCAGGGCAUGUUCACCGACGACAAGUUCAAGGUCAAGUACACGGUGGACAAGUACGGCCGCCCGGUGAAUAAGAGCAAUGCCGAGGAUCUACGCAAGUUCUAUGAGCUGGAUGAGAACGAUAGCGACAGCGACGAGGAGGAACUGAAAGAGAAGGAGAAAGCGGAGGCAUCCGACGAGGAGCAGCAGGAGCGACGCGCCGAAGAGCUGGCCAUAGCCAAUUUGCAGGGAAACGACGCCCUUGAAGACAGCGAUGACGACUCUGAUCUCCCCCAAAAUCUGCGCGAGCGCUUGACCAACCCGGACGUGGACUAUGCCCGCGGCGAAGGCCGCCUCAUGACAGACUCCUCCUCAGACGAGGAUAGCGCCGCUGAAGAGGAGGACGAGGGCCCCGAGCUCCAGAUUGAUCAUGUGUGGGGCGAGCUGGACAACGAUGCCGAAAGCACCGAGGAGAGCACACGCCGCCUGGCCGUCUGCAACAUGGAUUGGGAUCGCAUUCGUGCCGAGGAUCUUAUGGUCAUGCUGAGCUCAUUCCUGCCGCCCGGCGGCAGUAUUCUCAGCGUUAAGAUCUAUCCCUCGGAGUUUGGCAAGGCGCGCAUGGCCGAGGAGGAGGUGCAUGGGCCCAAGGAGCUGGUGGAACGACGCGAGGAGCCUUCCGACGACUCCGAUGAGGAGGAGCUGGUGCGCGAGCAGGACAGCGACGCGGAGGAGGGCGACGACUAUCACAUGGAGAAGCUGCGCCAAUACCAACUGAAUCGCCUGAGAUACUACUACGCCGUGGUGGAGUGCGACACCGUGGCCACGGCCGACAAGGUGUACCAGGAGUGCGAUGGCAUCGAGUACGAGAGCUCCGCCACACGCGUCGACCUGCGGUUUAUUCCAGACGAUACCAGCUUUGAGGAGGACACGCCUACCGACGAGUGCCACGAACUGCCCGAUGCCAGUAGCUACAAGCCCCGCCAGUUUACCACCACGGCCCUGCAGCAGGCCAAGGUGGAUCUGACCUGGGACGAGAUGGCGCUGGACAGGCGGGAGCUGGGCGACAAGCUAUCCAGCGGCCAGGUGGACAAGCUAACAGACAAGGAGCUGCGCCAGAUAGUGGCCUACAGCAGCGAAGAGGAGUCUGAGGAGGAGGAACAGGAGGAGGAGGAGGAUAAAGAGCAGGAAGGGCAGGAACAGAAGCCUGCAAAGCCCAAGAAGCCUAGCAAACAGGAACGCAUUGCCAACUACAAGAACCUGCUGGCCGAAAUUCUGCAAAAGGAGAAGCAGGAGAAGGAGCAAAAGUACGAAAUGGAAAUGUCCUGGAAUGUCACGGAUGACACGCCAGGGCAAGAGCAGGAGAAGGAGCAACAGCAGCCCCCCGCCGAACUGACGCCCAUCGAGAAGGUGCUGCAGAAGCGCAGCGAGAAGAACAAGCUGCGCAAGGAGCAGCGCCGCCAAAAGCAGCUGGAAGCCAAGGGCGGUGACCCCGACGACAACGACAGUGAUGCCUCCCUGGUGCCCGAUGGCAUUGACCUAAACGAUGCCUACUUUGCCGAGGAGUUUGCCAACGGCGACUAUGCUCCGCCCAAGACGAAGCAGCAAAAGAAGAAGGCCAAGUCAAAGGGCAAGGGCAAGGUCAACGGCGAGGAGGACGAGGAGCAAAGGCAGCAGGAGAGGGAGCUGGAGCUGCUGCUGGACGAUGGCGAUGGGCGCGAUGAGAAGCAGCACUUCAGCCUGAGCAAGAUCCUCAAGCAGGAGGAGCUGGAGCAGUCGGCCAGUGGCUCCAAGCGCAAGCGUCGCCAGCAACUGAAGAAAUCAAAGAGCAAGCAAUUGGAGGCCACGGAGAAGCUCGACGACGACUUCCAGGUGAAUGUGGAGGAUGCCCGCUUCAAGGCCGUCUACAAGUCGCACGAGUUCAACAUCGAUCCCACCCACUCCCACUACAAGGCCACCAAGGGCAUGCAGCGGAUCAUCGGCGAGAAGCUGAAGCGGCGCCAGGAGCAGGUCGAAGACGGCGGCGACGAGGAGCCAGCGUCGGCGGCGGCCCCAAAGCGCAGCAAGCAGCAGCUGGAGCAGAACGCCCUGGUCAAGAGCCUCAAGCGAAAGAUCCAGCAGCAGGAGCAGCGGGGCCAGAAGCUUUAGGGGAUGUACAGACUAGAAAUUAAAGGUUAAUCUUAUGCCA